AUGGAGGCGCUGCUGCUGCAAGAGGCCGCCAGGGCUGAGGCCGCUGCGCGGCUUGAGCAGGAGGCGCGGUCUCCCAUUGAUGCAUGGCGCGCUCGAGAUGCAGCUCUGGCAUCUGAGAAGGCUGCCAAGGAGGCAGCCUUGGCCAAGUUAUGCGAGGAGAGGCGGAGGUUGGUGGAACGCAUCAAUUUCUGCAAGCAGCAGGAUUCACGCUGGUGGCCUGAAGCUGCGCGGCUCCAGGCUCAACUCGCCGGCGUGCAGCAGGCUGUGCAGUCUAUCGAGCAGGAGAAGGCGCGUGCCCAACAGGCACAGGAGCAGAAAGCAGAUCCCUGCAGUCGCUUCACGAACGCUCUCAAGGAGCACUUGCGACAGUGCGAAAACCGCACUUGUCCCUUGGCUCACUUGCACCAGCAGCCGGUUAUGAUCCGUGAAUGGCGGGAGCUAGUACUGUCAAGGAUCAUCCGAAAGUCCACCCAGGUGCAGAUGACUCGUGUUUCGCCUUGCGUCAUGGCAUUUGAAAUCACAUGGUGUUGCAGUCAAUUGGAGCCAGUUCGGGUCAGCAGGCCCCUUGAGAGGGUUACAAUGGUUACACCAGUGUGGAACAUGUGGAAAAGUUCUUUGUCCCAUGUCUUCGGGCUUGAAUUUCGAAUAGAUGUUGAGUCGGAAUAA